UAUUUUAUUUUGUUUUGUUAAAAAUAAAAUAAAAAAAUUUCUUCAUAAACAUGGCGAGUUGCGUCAAAACCGUCUUGUGGCUUCUGGGCAUCCUCCUAAUCCAUCGUGGGGAUCAGCCAGCGAUGUCCGCGAUCGAUAACGCUACAACAACCUUCUACGAGAUGAUCAACAACAACAACAACAGCAACCACCAAUCGUCUCUCCGAGACGGCGAAGACGCCGUCGCGUUUGACGCCAGCAGCCCCGCAACGUCGCACGCCGCGUGGGGACGGGAGCCCAUCCGGCCCCGCGGUGGACGCGCCAGGCGGAUAGAGGACGACGCGGCCAGAACCAACGAGACCUCGGCCGUCUACAACGUCCAGGCUCAGCGUCCCUUCGGCAGACUCCCACUCUGGGCCAAAGUCAAAACCUCCGACCGCCUCAACGUUCUGUGCCAAGUCGUCAUCACCCUCGUGCAGCUGUGGUUCUCUGUGCGUCGCAAGAAACCAACAACGCUGGUGGCGCCCAUUGUGGGCAGGGUCAGAGGCCACAGACAAGCCCUCGCCCCUGCUCUUCGGGCGGCUGCAGCCCGGAGAAGACGCGCACGCAAUGCUGCGAGUAAACGCGGCCGCAACCAAGCCCACGUCCCCCAGCCUCCGCUGCUGCCCACGCCUCCAGCACCCGCGGAGACCAGCGCCGAGGAUCCCUGCCAGCUGAGCCCACCCAUGCCUACCCCUCCAGUGCCGGCGGAGACCAGCGCUGAGGAUCCCUGCCAGCUGAGCCCACCCAUGCCUACCCUUCCAGUGCCGGCGGAGACCAGCGCUGAGGAUCCCUGCCAGCUGAGCCCACCCAUGCCUACCCUUCCAGUGCCGGCGGAGACCAGCGCUGAGGAUCCCUGCCAGCUGAGCCCACCCAUGCCUACCCCUCCAGUGCCGGCGGAGACCAGCGCUGAGGAUCCCUGCCAGCUGAGCCCACCCAUGCCUACCCCUCCAGUGCCGGCGGAGACCAAGUCCCAUGAUCCCUGCCAGCUGAGCCCACCUCCACUGAUGCCCACACUUCCAGCACCGGCAAAGACCAGCGCUCGCGACGCUAGCCAGCGAGGCAUCCCUUCGCUGAUGUCUAUCGUUACAUCGCCGCCGGGUACCAGCGCUCGUGAUGGUUACCGCGGGCAAAAAACACCGCUGCUCGUCACUCCGCCACAAUCCACCGCCGCCACCGCCGCCACCACCACCGAUGCGCCCGCCGGAGCUGGUCCUCCGGUGUGGUUUGCCCGUCCGCGCCGCACGCGGCGCCGUCGGCGUCCCCGCCGUGACGCUGAAGACGUCCCACCAUGGCUCAAGUAUCGAGAUCCCAAUGGAUUCACAUUAACAUGAAGACUGCUCCCCAUACCAGGUGGUCUGGUAGCGAACGAUUAGCACGAACAAUAUGCAGCAAUGCACGCACCAAGACCAGCGCACACACUCACACAGGCGGAAGGAACAGCACCAGACCAAAAUGGUUGCUUUAGAGGGGCUCUCUGCUGCUCCCUUUGGUGGACAUUGCCAUUUUGGUCGUGGUGGGCGGGAGUGGGGGAGUUAUUUUAAACAAUAAAACUUGUG